AUGAAGAUUAAAGAUUUUGAACUAGAAAUUUUGGUGAAUGAUAUACCACUUAAAGAAUAUAAAAUAUCCGAUUCGGAUCUUGGAUCAUACGCGUUUGAUAAAAUAAAAAGUCAAAAGUACAUAAGCGCUUCGUCCACCUUUGUCGCGGUGCCCGAACCCGGAACCUCUUACAAGAUUAGAUAUUCAUCGGCUAUAGCAACUGAUCAUGAGCCAAUCAAGGCAAAAGUUUACAUAGAUGGACAAACUGAUAAAUGCUACACACACCUUGUUACCUGUUUAUCGUUCUCCAAGGAAUGUUUUUAUAAUCAAGAUUUUACCAAGAAAUACAAAUUAAUAUUUGAUAAAACGGAAUGGACUGAAAUGGACCAAUCGACAGUCACACCAAAAAAGGCAAGCUAUGGAGAUUUGGGUGUGAUCUCGGUUUAUUUUUAUCAAGCGAGUUUUAAGAAACGAAAAGAGAGUAAGAGAUUGAGGAAAACUUGUUCUGAAGAUUUAAAACAAACCAAAGUCACCGAGAAUAAAAGCAAUAUAGAUAUUACCUUUACUACAAAAUUUGACGAAGGGGAAGCUUUUAAUCAGCCUGAACUUAAUGAAAAAACGUUAACAAAAAUGGAUAAGGAACCAAUCGCUGUACUCCACAUUAAUUAUCGUCCUACCUAUUGGUUCGUUGCAAGAGGUAUUUCAAUUCAACACGAUCUUGCGACGGUGAAUAAUAACGCCACUACAUCCACAACUGCGAACGAACUGGAUGACGUUGUCAUCAAACGAGAGCCUGAGAACGUUCAGAUUAAAGUUGAGGAGAGUAUUGUAGAUGUUCCAAUCAAAGUUGAGAACAUCAUGGAUGUUAAAAUAAAAGUCGAGGAGGAGGUUCCAAUUAAAGUUGAAAAAACUAAUAAACGUAAAUACAAAGUAGUAAAAGGGUAG